CCUACCUCCAGCUGGUAUGCUGUCCAACAGGUUUGUGAUGUGACGUUUCUCUGAGAAGACAGCACAACCCUUAGUGGCCUGACGGUUUCAACACAAAAUGCAGCAUAAGGAAGUUAAGUCUGUUUGAGUAAUGUUUGGGCCUCCAUGUUUCUGAGAAUCUAAAAGAAUAAGUGGUGUUUCUCCUGGAAAGCUUUGACAGACGGGCAAACUGCAGCCAACAGUUUCUGCUUCAAUGGCAGCCGUGUCCGCUGUGUGGAUUCCCAUGCUGUCCCUGCUGCAGCUGACCCACUGCUCCGUCCUCCACAGACAAGCUCCAGGAGAGCCAGUGUUAGUGGACGAGCAGUCAGCCAGCUCCUUCCUGUCCCGCUCGCUGCUCUACAACCACUGGGACUUUGAGUUGGUGGUGCCUGGCAACCUGGAGAGGGAGUGUCUGGAGGAGAAGUGCAGCUAUGAGGAGGCCAGAGAGGUGUUCGAGGACGACGCCAAGACGGAAUCAUUUUGGAGCACCUAUACCAACAAUCAAGCGUCUACACGCGGAGUGGAUGUGUCCAGCCUGGUGGCGGGGGUCCUGGCUGUCGUGGUGACUGGUGUUAUUGUCACUGUGCUGGGAGUCUACUGCUACAAAUCCAAGAACAAAGGUGGACGCAGGCCAGCCCAAGCUCCGGUGAUGAUGGCAGCAGACGGGCGUCCAGCCCCAGAGAGCGUGCCCCUGGCUGGGAUCAUCGCCCCCGCCCUACCCAGCUACAACGAGGCUCUGAACCGCUCCGGGCAGCACGAUGCCCCCCCACCUCCUUAUUCAGGGAGCGCGCCAUCAGAAGCCGCUGUUCCCGCAGACAACCAAUGAGAGGCUGCAGGGCCUCUUUAUUCUGGUGAUGGGCAGGAUGGUUUGAGUGAACUUUGGCACAUUGCAUGUUUUUGAUAUACUGUAUUUAUUAGUGAAGUUAUGACACAAUCUCAGAAUGGACACCGCUGACAGUAGGAUCUGCAUAUUGUCUGUCCACUACAUACAUGAUGCUCUACAGUUCAUUUCUCAGGUUGCUCUGUACACACUCUGUUGUGUUUGUAAGGCAGCAGCAAAAGACAAUUUCAUUCAUAGAGAAUAUUUGUUCUUCAAGAAAACCCAGACAUGUUUUAUACAAUAAAUGACAUAACAAU